AUGGCAGAAGGAAGAGAGCUAGAAUUGCUUAUUUCUCAUCUUAAAGACGUACCGAUUAGUCAGGAGCCAGAUAAGUACACUCAGCUGUUUUCUAACUUACAUAAUCAUCCGUUAAAAAAGGAGAUUAUAACAGGUAUUUUUAGCAAUAUAGACAACACAACUGUGUUUUUAAGCACAAUUCCGGCGUAUUUUAAGCCUGACACGGUUGAAACGGAUUCUAGCACUGUUCUUAGUAUAAUUAGUAAAAGCAGGGAUCUGUGUGGGGAAGUUUCAGGUAAUUUUGAUUUACUGUGUAAGGUGCUUUUCAAGUCGUUAGAAGGGAAAAAGGCACAGAUAGAAGUAAAAAGCGCAGUUUUUAAAAUAUUUGAAGAGAUUGAGUUUAGCACAGAAUCAAUUAUGUACAAUUCAUUGAGUAUGCUACAGUAUGAGCACACAACUAGUAUUUUAACAGAGACAAUUUUGUAUAUUAGUGCACUCAGAAAAAUUAAUGUACAGAGUGAUAAAGAAGAGAUUAGUGCGGGUGUGAGUGAUUCUAAUGCAAAAGAAGAAAAUUUACUUGGGGAAAUUUUAGAAUAUUUACUUCAGGAGAGUGAGCACAGUAAAGACACGGUGAUUCAAAAGAACUAUAGCAGUCUUAUACUUAAAGUAUGUGAAUCAAUUAGGCAGCAGGGCAUUUCUGAUAUAAUCAAUCCUCUUCUACAGAGUAUAACAUCUGAGGUGCAGUGCAUUAGAAAUUCGGCGAGUGAGUCUGCUGUUUCAAUAUCAAAAGCCCUAAAGGCACAGAUUGAGCAGGAGAGGAAGGGUGAAAAAGAGCUGGCAACUAUUAUUUCUGCUGUUAUAGAAAGAACAAUGGAUGUAAGCCCCUUUUGCAGGGGACGGGCGGUUCAGUCUCUUACAGACAUAUUAUGUAACAAUGGGAUUCUUGAAAACUUAAAGGAACGGGUGUACACUUCACUGCACGGAAGGAUUAUGGACAAAACCCAGAUGGUAAGAAAGAAAACAAUUAUUUUCUUUAAGCGAGCACUAGAAAGCCAUCCGUAUGUACUAGAUGGAGGAAUGCUUAAUUUGCAGAGGUUAAAAGCGCACGAAAAAACAGACCCGGCGUACUAUGCCAGUGCCACUUCUUUUUAUCAGGCAAUACAUACGAGUGUUGAGGUGAUAAAGCAACUUUUGAAGGCUGGUAGUAAAGGCGAAAUAACAGAAAUAAUACAAUAUGUAUCUUUGUGUUAUUCAUAUGGCAUAGAGAAUGCGCUAGAAGUAUUCCCAAGUCUGUUUUUAUUUUCUUGGCAGAGACUAACACUAGAUGGGCGCAAUGCAGCAGAUGUUCUUUCAGAGGAAAUAAGAAAAAUGGUGGAUGGCAACCCGAAAAAGCUAAUAGAUCUUUUAAUUCAUUUUGAUUCAGACAGUUUAGCGUAUGAGGGGACUAUUAGAGACCUUACACUACGAGGAAUACUUGGAAUAGAAGCGAUUAACACUUUGUUCUACCAAAUAGAUAAGGAAAAAGAUGUUCUAAUGCAUCUGCGCCUACUUAGAAGGCUGUCCACUACAGACCGGUCAGUAACUGAAAGUGCGCUGCCCAGAAUUUACGCAGUACUGGGGAAGAGCACGGAUAGGUCUAUAAUAUGUGAGGCAAUUAGAAUUCUUGGUAAUCUUGACUAUAGAUCAGGAAAUUCAUCGGAGACGAUUCGUGCAGUGGUAAAUGCACUUUCUUUAGCAGAUAACAACAAUCUGGAAAUAGUACAGACAGUAAUUGAUACUGCGUAUUUAAUCAGUAUGAAUCCAGAUGAGCUAGCAGUUGAGGUGCUUGAUACACUUCUUGCAAGCGAAAAUCCGCUUCCUGUGAUUUUUGCAGUUGGACACAUAGCGAUAAAGCAGGCAGUGCAUCUGGAGAGAGUUGAAGCAGCGUGGAAUAAUCAGGCAAAAACAAAAACUCCUGUCAGCGCAAGCAAAAAGAGAAAAGAAAGCAUUUCAAACAUGGAGAUCAGAGAAAGGAGACUGAGCGUAGGAUCAAAGAGGAACAGUUUUAAAAACACAACAGAAGAGCAAGAAGAAAUGGCAGAUCGUGUGUUUUUUGCAAAGGAGCACGAAAUAUUAUUUGGAGAAACUUCUGCGCUGAAGGGACUGCUGGAUAUCGUUGUGACAGGAAUUUACAGCCCAGAUGAAACAGUCAAAAAAGUCUCUUUACUGUCUUUAGGAAAAAUAAUGAGCAUUAGCAGUGAGUGCAGCUCUCGUUUUAUGAAUGAUGUUAUAAAUAUUCUAAAAACCGGAUCUGACCACCUGCAGAUAAUUGCAUUGGUAAUUAUUGCGGACUCAGUUAUGGCAUUCAGCAGUUUAGUAAAAAAUGCAGGAAAUAGUUUAUUCCUGCCCCUAAAGAACCAGUCAGAGGAAGUAAAAAUGACUGCUUUAGUGCUUAUUAGGCACCUACUAAGAAGUGGAAUGGUUAAAGUAAAGGACAACUACUGGGCACUUUCUCUUCUUCUUCUGGAUGACUCAGACAUAAAAGCCACUGCACAAAAACUCUUUGAAGAGGCAGCAGAGAGGGAAAGCCCAAUGAAAAUACUGUGUGAAGUGAUUAAGUCAUAUUUAAUUGAGAGGCACACACUGACUGCAUCAGAAAACGAAAUAUCUCAAUCCAAGGAAGAUGAUCAUAUAGAUGGCCAUAGUAAGCAGUCGCCGCAUCAUUUAUUAGUGGAGGUGGUUAAGGCACUUACUAAAAUAACAACAAUAACUGAUAUGUCUAAAAAAAUACAAGAGUGGUCAUUAUCAAAGAGUGAUGCGCUGGUUACUGAAGUGUGCACAGCAAUUAUUGAAGAAAUACCUAAAGCACCAAAUACAGUACAGACUGCGUAAUAUAUAAAUAUAAAACAAUAA